AUGAAGCGCAAACUAAACCAAGACGAUGUACCGGAAGCGGUGAAAGAUGUAUCAUCGAAGAAGAACGACUCGACCUUCGCAGCCCUCCGCCUCGACCCCCGCCUUCUCCAAGCAAUAACGCACGAAAAGCUCUCGACUCCCACCCCCGUCCAAAGCAAAGGCAUCCCCCUCGCCCUCACCGGCAAAGAUAUUCUCGCUCGCGCCAAGACAGGCUCGGGAAAGACGCUCGCAUACCUGCUCCCCAUCUUACACAACAUCCUUCGGCGCAAUGCUGGAGCUGGAAAGAGCGCCAAGCAGACAACUGCUCUCAUCCUCGUGCCUUCUACUGAAUUGGCGACGCAGGUGAUGGGGGAGUUGAAGAAGUAUACUGAUUUCUGUGGACAGAGUGUGAGGUAUGAGAACGUGAGUAAGAAGGAAGAUGCCGCUGUUACGAAGGCGAGCUUGGCGGAGAAACCGGAUCUGAUUGUGGGGACGCCCACGAAAGUCAUGGCUUGGGUGAAUCAGGAUGUGGUCAAGCUGGAGGGUGUGCAACAGCUGGUCAUUGACGAGGCGGAUCUGGUUCUCGAGUAUGAGCAUGAAGAGGCACUACAAGCUAUUGCUACUGCACUUCCAAGUGGAGUACAGAAGAUCUUCAUGUCUGCCACGCUGAAGACGGAGGUGGACACCGUCACUUCACUUUUCUUCCCGACCGAGGAUGCCAAUCCCACCAUCUUGGACUUCUCGGCUGAAGAGGCAGAGGAGAAACCAACACUGACACAAUACAUCGUUCCCGUUGCCGAACAAGACAAAUUUCUCCUCAUCUACGCCAUAUUCAAGCUGCAGCUUAUUAAAGGAAAAGUCAUUAUCUUUGUCGCGGACGUGGAUCGGUGUUAUCGGGUUAAACUGUUCCUGGAGCAGUUCGGGAUUAGGAGUUGUGUAUUAAAUAGUGAGCUACCUAUCAACUCGCGCUUUCAUGCGGUGGAAGAGUUCAACAAAGGCGUGUACGACAUCAUCAUCGCGGCGGACGAGGCUGAAGUGGUAGGGGAGAGUAAGAGUACGGCGAGGCGGAAGCGGCGGAAGGUUGCCGCGGAGAAGGAGCAGGAGAAGGAAGAUGAGGAGGUGGUGGAAGAAGUGGAGCAAGAAGCUGUGGUGGAUGACGCCGAGGACGAUGACGCCGAGCCCGAGGAAGCAACCCCAUCAUCUACCAAGCCAUCUAAAAAGAACGACCGCAAACCCCGCCGCCAGCCUCAAGCAGAUCCCGAGUCCUCCCUCUCCCGCGGCAUCGAUUUCCGCCACGUCUCCUGCGUCCUCAACUUCGACCUACCAACGACAAGUAAAUCCUACACCCACCGUAUCGGCCGCACCGCCCGCGCCGGCCAGACGGGGAUGUCCCUCUCCUUUUAUAUUCCCAAGGAGCAAUACCGAAAGCAUAAAUCUACUUCUAUUGAGCAGUGUGAGAAGGAUGAAGAUGUGCUGGAUUCUAUUCAAGCGGAGCAAGAAAAAAAGGGGGCGAGGUUGGAGGAAUGGGCGUUUGAUAUGGCGAAGUUGGAGGGAUUUCGGUAUCGGUUUAAUGAUGCGCUGAGGGGUGUCACGAGGAUCGCAGUCCGCGAAGCCCGUACUAAAGAGCUCAAGAACGCUAUCGUGAACUCGGCGAAACUGAGUCGGUAUUUCGAGGAGAAUCCGGAGGAUCUGAGGCAUUUGAGACAUGAUACUGAGUCCCAUGCGGUCAGGCAGCAGAUGCAUUUGAGGCAUGUGCCGGAUUAUUUGCUUCCUGCGGGUGGGCAGGUGGGUGUGAAGAAGGAUGUGGGUUGGGUGGGGUUGAGGAAGGAGAAGGAGAACGGGUUGAGGAAGCGCAGGGCUUUUAAUAAGGGGAGGGGGAAGGGGAGGUUGGGGAAGGGGAAAGGAUUGGAUGCGCUUAAGAGUCUUAAUGCCAGGGGCAGGGGGAAGAAGUAA